CAGCCGGACUCGGAUUCGUCUUACUACCCGCCACAACGAGAUCAUUUCGGGAGACUCGUCUAGUUACGAAGACGACCAUUUCAGCUCGUCAAACUCUUACGCCGAAGACGAUCUUGCAGACACGAGUGACGAACUGGACCCAGAGGACUCGGCUUCUGUGAGCCCGGGCCAGUCUUAUCGUCCGAGUAGCAACCCGCGUCAGCCAUCUCGACGACACAAGCCUCCCCAUAGGCCACAUUCCGGAUACGCCUACAGGCCUGCACCACCAGAUUCCGUCAGUGUGGAUUUCCCGGACGAGCCCUACGGGCCGCCGUUCGCCCCUGCUCCAGGCCGGGCGGCGGCGGCGGCGGGUAUGCCCCCCCAGCAUUCUAUGGAGGCCGUGGCGGUCCCGGUCCAGGACCAGGACCCCAGGGUCCCGGAUAUGCUCAAACUCAUGUUGGAGGCUACGGUCCAAGCCCAUACCCUCAACAGCAAAUGGUACCGUAUGGCGGUUACUCACAAAAUCCAUUCGCGCCCAUGCAAGGUCAAGGUGGUAAUUAUUUCCAACCCGAACACAGGGGUGGCUGGCCUGGCACUAAUGAGAUGAUGCCAUACGGGGGACAACAUUACUUUGGCGGACCCCAAGGAUACCCGGUUCCUCAAGCUAUGCAGCAGUAUCAUCAAUGGUCACCCCCUCCGCCUGCCCCAACGGAGGUGGGUACUCGUGCUCCUUCAGCACCACCGGCACCGGCACCAGCGCCACCGCCUGAGCCGCCCAAACCAGAUCCGGAAAAGGAGGCUAUGGCGAAGCAGUUGGCGGAAAUCAAAGCAGAGCAGAAGAGAAAGGAGGAUGAAGCGAAACAAAAAGAAAUGGAAGCCAAAAUCAGGGAAGAAGCUGAAGCUGCGUUCACUCGUAAGAUGGAGCAGAUGCAGAGGGACGAAAAGGUCCGGCAAGAGGAGAGAGCGGCAGCCCUAGCGAAAGCUAAGAAGGAGAUUGAGGAAGCCCGGAGGGAGGCUGAGAAAGCUGCUCGUGACGCAGUCGAAGCCGAAAGGAAAGCCGAGGUGGAACGCCAGAAAGCCGAAGCGGCAGCCCUAGAGAAAGCUAAGAAGGAGAUUGAGGAAGCCCGGAGGGAGGCUGAGAAAGCUGCUCGUGACGCAGUCGAGGCCGAAAGGAAAGCCGAGGUGGAACGCCAGAAGGCCGAAGCAGCAGCUCGCGCUAGGGCAGAACAGGACGCCCGAGACAGGAUUGAGGCUGAGAAGAGGGCUGAGGCUGAACGCCAAAAAGCGGCAGCCGAAGCUAACGCUCGAGCAGAACGAGAUGCUCGAGAAAAGUUAGAAGCUGAGCGUCGUGCCGCAGAGGAACGCGCAAAGAAAGAAGCGGAAGCAGCAGCACUCGCCGAGGUCGCAGCUCAGUUGAAGCUUGAAAAGGCCAUCAAGGCCAAAGAGGAGGCCGAAGCAGCAGCGGUGAAGAAGGCAGCCGAAGAAGCUGAAUGGCGGAAGAAGCUGGAAGAGCAGGCCCUCCUCAAAGCUGAAACCGAGGCGCGCAAAAAGAUCGAGGAUGAACGGAAAGCAGCAGAGGAUGCUAAGGCUGCAGAAGACGCUAACAAAGAGAGGGAGGAAGCUUUCAAGAAGAGGGCAUUAGAAGAGGCCAAGGUGACAGCAGAAGAGCUAAAUAAGAAGGCAAUGGGGAAAGACAAGCCCCCCAUAAAAUUCAAGGAUGCGGUUGGGAGGAAAUUCAGUUUCCCCUUUCACAUUUGCCAGACUUGGAAGGGCAUGGACGACCUGAUUAAACAAGCUUUUUCGCAUGUUGAUCAGAUUGGCCCUCAUGUGCAGGCUGGUCAUUUCGACCUAAUAGGGCCGGACGGCGAAAUCAUCCUUCCCCAAGUCUGGGACAAGGUCAUCGAGCCUGACUGGGCCAUCACAAUGCAGAUGUGGCCGAUGGACAGGCCGGCAGGUCCACCUGGAGGAAUUCAUGGUAGGCCUCCCGGUGGUCAUCCUGGCGGUCAUCCCGGCCAUCCCGCCCACCCCGGCCACCCCGGCCACCCGGGGGCCCCGGGUGUUGGUCGCCCAACACCCGGGGCAUUUGGACUGCCCGGUCGACGUCCCACGGGGGCUCCAAUGGCGGGACCCCCCCCUCCUCCGGGACCGCCUAUGCCUGGCAUGCGGCCUGCUGGGGCUGGGAUGAUGGGUGGACGAACAGCACAUGUUAUUGAUGUUGCCCCGAAAAAGAAGCACAAGUCUAAGCCAGGUGUACUUGCGGGAUUCUUUGCUCCCCCUAAGAAGAAGAGCAGCAAGAAGUCAAAAUAAGUGUGGGCGAGUGAGUAGUAUCCGGGCUGCAUGCUCGUCGUGCAACGCGUUGUAGAGCACUGAUUGCAGUGCCACCACCGUCAGCGCUACAUCAACAAAACAGUUUUGCUAUCUCCUCCACUCCCAUUUCAGGAGCGUUCCGAUUUCUUUUCAGCUCCUAAUUUUGGCAUUAUACCCCCGGGCUCCAAUGACGUUGGUAUCUUGAAGCAGCUUUUUGGUUUUUACUUGGCAGGUUGGCAAGGGACGGCACUGCUGUACUCGUCAAAUCCCCCCUGAAAACAUUGUUUUCCGCUUGCAACUGAUAGGGCUGAUGUUUUUUUUUGUGUUUUUGAAUUGAGCGAAUUUAUUAUCAUUUGGGAGUAUGAUGCGCUA